ACAAAAGCAAAAUAAUAGAAAGGACAAUAAUAGACUGCAAUCAGCUCUGACCGAGAAAAAGAAAGGUGAAGGGUUACAUAACCAGCUGCGAGAACUCCCCGCAGUCUCCGAAAAAGAGCAUCUGUCAAGUCACACCUCGUCAUCUCUACCCUUCAGCAUCCAACACCCUACAACCACUUUGCAUUCUACUGUUUCGAUAAUGUAGCACCCUCUUCGAUGAAAGAAGAACAACAACGAUGGUACUCUCGCUAUCUGUCCCUAGUUUCUCCAGAUCCUCGUCUUCAUCCCCCGCGACGCAUCCAGACAACAACAACAGCAACCAGAAUAAAAACAACCAGAAUACCCAGAAUAAUCACCAUCGCCAUCGACCAUCGACCUCAAUAAAAAACCCAUGGCGCCCAACAUCCGUCCUCACCACCAACAACACCCCGUCUACCUCCGCCAGCAAUAGCACCAGCAGCACAAUCCUCCGCGCCCCAUUCACCACCCGCACCCGCCCAUCCCUCUCAAAAACGAAAGAGCAACUCGAAGAACACCACCGCGAGCAGGAAGAACUGAAUGCAGCGCUACAAACUCUCGCCCGGGUGUUUCCGGAUGUCAAGGUCGAAGUAUUUCGGGAGAUGCUGGUAAGGUUCGAUGGGGAUAGUCGGGUUGAGGUCUGUGUGGAGGAGUUGUUGAGGCAUAAGAAGGAGUGGGUUGGGGGGAGGUGGAAUUUUCCUGACGGUGAUAAUACUGGAUCGGGGGGUGGUAGUGGUGAGAAAGUGGUUGGGAGUGAUGGUGAAGGCGCAGUACCCUACGAAGAACGGUUUCGAUCCGAUGAGUACAAAGAAGCCGUCAAGAUGGUCCUGGGGAAAGAGUUCACAGCGCUGAGCAAGAGUACCGUUGACGCGGUUCUCGCAGAGGUAAAUUUCUGCUAUCACUGGGCGAGGCCUAUACUACGGGAUCUGGCGCGACGGACAUGGCGCGCGACGUUUAAUAACCUGUUCCCGUCGUUUAAGCGGAAAAAGGAUCGCGAGGAACAUCCAUUACUGACGUGGCAGCGGCGGGCGGACGGAGAAGUAAUUCCGCGGUUGAAAGAGACGGGAUGUGCGGAGUUAGAUCGUGAACUGUACGAGGCGUUAUUGGCGCCGUUAUUGCAGCAGAGACAGGAGGAGCAGCAAGAAAAGGAUUUCCGGAUGGCGGAGGAGUUGAAUGAGAGCGAGGCCAAGGCUGCGGAUGCGCUAUAUGAAUGCGAGUGCUGUCUGUCUGACGUGACGUUCGAGCAGAUAUCGACGUGUUCGGUGGCUGGGCAUGUCAUAUGCUACGGGUGUAUACAGAGGACUGUGCAUGAAGCGCUUUUCGGGCAGGGGUGGAAUAAAUCCGUUGACAGUGAACGGUCGACGCUGAGAUGUCUUGCGCCGCUCUCGCACGGGAAUUGCAAGGGGACUUUACAUCCGAACAUCGUGAAGCGGGCGAUUCUGCUGGAUAAGGCUGGGCUCGAGACGCAUCGGAAGUUCGAGGAUCGACUGGCAAGCGAGGCGCUGCUGAAAUCGCAGUACAAGCUUAUUCGCUGUCCAUUUUGCUCGUACGCUGAGGUUGAUCCGGUUUAUCAUCCUUCGGUUCGCGGAGUGCGAUGGCGGUUUCGGACUAAUGGGUUCGCUGCUAUGAUUGUCAUGACCAUCCUGUUUAUCGACUUGAUAUGUUUACUUGCGGUUCCUACGUUCAUUCUCUGGUUGGUGGACCCAUCUGCCGUUCCUGCUAUUUUGCAGAAUUCGCUGUUGAAUCUGUGUCUCAAGGCCCGUCCGAAACGGUUUACUUGUGCGCAUCCGGCUUGUCGACGGGUUAGUUGCGUUACCUGUCAAAAACCAUGGCGUGAUCCGCAUGUUUGUCAUGAGCCGUUGCUACUUGAUCUACGCGCAACAGUUGAAGCAGCCCGCACGGCAGCAGUGAAAAGAACAUGUCCCCGGUGCGGACUAUCUUUUGUGAAAUCGUCCGGUUGCAACAAAUUAACCUGCGUCUGCGGCUACUCCAUGUGCUACCUCUGCCGCAAAGCCCUAGGUCCACCCCUCGAUCCAGUCCUCCAACCCCGCCGUCGUCGCCCACCCCGCCGAAACCAAGAAAACAACCCUCCAGAUCUAGUAGACGAAUACGAAGAUGAAAAUGACAAACCUGAAGAACCAGAAGGCUACCGGCACUUCUGCGAACACUUCCGCCCAAACCCCGGCUCGCGCUGCACAGAGUGUAACAAAUGCGAUCUCUACCAAUCCGAAGAUGAAGACGCUGUUGCACGACGCGCUGGUGAACGUGUGGAGCGCGAGUGGCGGAUUAGGCAAGGUAUGACUGGCGGCGCUGGCGCUGUUCCGGGCGUGGGGAAUCGGAAUGUUAAUCUUGAUUUCUCGACCGAGGGUAAGGGCAAGGGGAAAGGGAAAGGUGGUGGUGAGGGUAUGUGGUGGGAUAAUGGCAAAAGCGAUUGGAAUUGGAGGUAUUGGAUGGUUGAUAUGUGGACUGAUGGAUCGUGGAGGGUUGAGGGACAGACGACGGUGGAUUGGGUUGUGGAGAGAGUUGUUGUUGUUGAUGAUAUUUGACCUCCUUUUCUGGUAAUUUGUUUCUGCGUUUUCGGGACUACUUUCUUCUGAUUGUCUUAUUUAAAACUUUCUGAUUGGCGUUGGUAUGGGCGAUUGGAUGGAUGGGAUUUGUUGCAUGAUUGAUGAUAAGAUGACGUUUCUUUUUCUUUCUUACUUGUUAAUGUCUAGCACGGAAUGAACUUAGGGUCUUUAAUACAAUCAAUUGGAUAACAUAUCAACCAUAUCCCGAU